CGCUUCUUUUUGACAAUAUUUACAGAUGUCAUUUUAAGGAAAAAUAUUUAUUUAAUUGAUUGUAUUUGGAAUAAUUAAGCAGUAAACAAUCUCUUUUACGAGAAUGGGACGAAGAUCUAUAAAUACCACUAAAAGUGGUAAAUACAUGAAUCCAACAGAUCAAGCGAGAAAAGAGGCAAGAAAAUUGGAAUUAAAGAAGAAUAAGAAACAGAGGCAGAUGGUGAGGGCCGCCGUACUGAAAGGAAAAGAUCCCAUUCAAAUCCUCGACGAGUUGGAGAAAAUCGAUCAAAUGGAAUUCAAUGUCACCCAACCGUCACCACUAAACGAAAAGGUCUUGAAAGAUAAGCGAAAGAAACUACGUGAUACUUUGGAACGGGUGCUUAAUAUGUAUUAUAGGGACGAUCCGGACAAAUGGACCGAUUUAAAGCGAAAACAGGCAGAUUACGAACAUAAGAGGAACCAAAUCGUCGCCUUCUACGAGUCCGUGAAAACGGCGCAGCAAGUCUCGGUCGACGAGAUUCCGUUACCGCAAAUGCCCGAACAGCUGUCAAAUUUACCCGCGCAAAUUCCGCUACCGACGGAAAUUCAAAAACCGCAACACACAAUUUACUCGAUCGCGACUGCUCUCAAACUGCAAGCUUUGGGGCACACGAUUAGAGAACCGGCCGGCUGUCCUCCGGGUCCUCCGCCGGAAAUAAACAGCGACGGCGAAGACGUCGAAUACGCCAAACACCUUUUGAGGAUCGAUGAGGAAAUUGAGGAAUACAAUUCGGACAGUUCCGUCGAGGAUUCGGACGAAGACGGCGUCCCAUCCAAACCGACCUCCGUGCAACAAAAGAUGGUAGCGCUAUCCGGUCAAAACAUCGACGAUUUCAUGAAAGAAAUGGAGUCGGUGCAUAAAAAGCAAGAGAACGACAAAGACGACGAUAAACCUAGAGCUUCGGAACCACUUGCACCGCCCGGGACGGAUCCUUUACCGACAGUACCGGCCCAGACCCUCCCACAGCCACAAAUCCCGGCACCUCCCGCGCUGAUAUUCCCGGCACCGCUGCGACUACCCCCGGGUCCUCCGCCGGGACGACCGCUUUUACCGCCCGGUCCGCCACCCGGCUUACCGCAUCGUAUUCCGCUACGAAUGCCGCCCGCUCCCCCACGAAUGAUUCGCCUACCCGGCCCUCCUCCGAAUCUAUCUUUGGCGACGCCGAACGUCCUAUCGGCCGGACCUCAGCUGAUACGUAUAGAGUCGGGCAUCAAACAGGGCGCGACGAUAUCGGCGAAGCCGCAAAUACGAAAUUUGAGCGCCGACGUUACACGGUUCGUUCCGUCGGCGUUGCGGGUGAAGCGCGAGGACAAGAAACCGAAAUCGUCGAGUCGCGCCGCUCUCGCCAACGAACUGAAGCAGAAGGAGAUGCUGGUGCACAUUCCGAGCACGCCGACGAAACAAUUAACGAAAGACGACGCCUACAUGCAAUUCAUGAAAGAAAUGCAAGGUUUAAUUUAACAAUAAACAAUUUAUUUACACCUUA